CCUCCACACUCCUCUCCUGUACAUACUGCCCCCUGUCAUACCCUCCACACUCCUCUCCUGUACAUACUGCCCCCUGUCAUACCCUCCACACUCCUCUCCUGUACAUACUGCCCCCUGUCAUACCCUCCACACUCCUCUCCUGUACAUACUGCCCACUGUCAUACCCUCCACACUCCUCUCCUGUACAUACUGCCCACUGUCAUACCCUUUAUACUCCUCUCCUGCACAUGCUACCCCCACAAUAGUCACCAAUAUUCUCUCUUGCAUGUACAAUUCCACUCAUACCCUCUGCACUCCUUUUCUGCAAAUACAACCCCAUCAUACCCUCCUCACUCCUUUCCUGCACUUACUACCCAUCAUACCCAU